AUGUCAUCCAAAGACUUAUGUAGUGAGAACGCUCAGCCAAGAGGAAUAAAGAGACCCCAUGAGUGCAUUGAAUCAAGUAAAGAAAAAAGAACUCGUGCUAGUGUAAUCUGUGAAGCAUGUAAAAUUUCAAGAAGAAAGUGCCACGGUUGGGAUUCAAGUGUGGAGCCUCUUGUUGGGUGUAGCGAAUGUAUACGAAAAAACAUUAUCUGCAAACUUCCAAAUCAUUGCAAAGUAUGUAAAAAGAAACUUAUUAUUACUGGAAUAUGCCCAAAAUGCAAAGAGAAUGAGAACGAUACGGUAAAUGUUUUCCGUAAUAUCGGUUACAAACAAGAAAUGGAAUUAUUGUUUAAAAAGUUGGGAGAAAAUGAAGCAAUUGUUAAAAAGUUGAAAGAACAGCAUGAAGAAGAUGGUAAAAAGAUUAAAAAGUUGGAAGAGGAUGUUAAAAGGUUGGAAGAAGAUUUUAAAAAUUUGGAGAAAAAAGCCGAAGAAUCCAAUAAAGAACAAAACCAAUCGACUGUUCAACAGUUUGAUGGCUUGGAAAAUGAUCAAAAUUCAUAUCAUAACUACCUUUUGGAGUCAGCACCACACGAGUCUGAUUUAAUUGGCUCCAACAAUAUGAGCUCAGGGACAAAUAGUCAAAUCGAGGUAGCAACAUUGGAGAACUAUUUAAAAUUAUAUUAUUCAUUCGAUUAUGCAAGUGAGCUGUCACGUGACAAUGAAAUGUCAAAUUAG